AUGGAGGAUAGACAGGAGUACAAGCAUAUUGACGAUGCCGACGCACAAGCGAUUGCUGAAGGACUCAAAGGCAACCCGAACGUGGAGAAACUCAAUCUGGGCUGGAAUCAAAUUGGUGAUGCUGGAGCGCGGGCGAUUGCUGAGACGCUCAAACUCAAUAUGACGGUAACUGAACUGCGUCUGACUAAGAAUCAGAUUGGUGAUGCUGGAGCGCGGGCGAUUGCUGAGACACUCAGAGUGAACACGACAGUGACCGACCUUGGCCUAUGGAAGAAUCAGAUUGGCGAUGCUGGUGCCCAUGCACUUUCUGCGGCACUCAAAGUGAACAAGACGUUGAUCAAGAUCGAUCUGAAUGGGAAUCAGGUUGGCGAUGCUGGAGCACAGGCGAUUGCUGAAAUGCUCAGAGUCAACACAACAGUCACUCGCCUCAGUUUGUACAAUAAUAAGCUUGGCGAUGCUGGAGCGACGACGAUUGCUGAGAUGCUCCAAGUAAACAAAAUACUGACUUCGCUCGGCCUGGACUACAAUCAGAUUGGCGAUGCUGGAGCGAACGCAGUUGCAGAAGCACUCAAAGUGAACACGUCCUUGCAAGCGCUCGAUUUGGGCAAGAUUGGCAACGCCGCAGCGCAGACAAUGGCUGAAGUACUCCAAAUGAACACGACGCUGACUCAUCUCAGUCUGGGUCUAAUUGGCGACGCAGAAGCACAGGCCAUUGCUGAGGCACUCAAAGUGAACACGACCUUGACUGGUCUCAGUCUGUGUUGCAAUCAGAUUGGUGACGCUGGAGCGAAGACGAUUGCUGACGCACUCAAGGUGAACACGACAUUGUCACGUCUCUGGCUCAAGCAGAAUCAGAUCGGCAAUGCUGGAGCGCAGGCAAUCGCUGAAGCACUCAAGGUCAACACGAGGCUGACACAUCUUGGUCUGAGUGAGAAUGAGAUUGGCAAUGCGGGAGCGCAGGCGAUUGCUGAGGCACUCAAGGUGAACUCGACGCUGACUCGGCUCUUUUUGGAAAACAAUCAGAUUGGCGAUGCUGGAGCCCAGGCGGUUGCCGAAGCGUUCAAGAUGAACCCGAAGCUGGUGGAUAUUUGGUAUGGGUAUCAUGCGCUUUGA